AUGGCCGCCCGCAGACCCGUCGAGCCACUGCUGGUCGUCCUGGGGUCGACCGGCACCGGCAAGUCGGAUUUAGCUGUCGAGCUGGCCACGCGCUUCAGCGGCGAGGUCAUCAACGCCGACGCCAUGCAGCUCUACCGCGGCCUCCCCAUCAUCACCAACAAGAUCACCCCCCAGGAGCAGCGCGGCGUCCCGCACCACCUCCUCGGGCACAUUGGCCUCGACGCGACGCCCUGGGACGUCGAGGACUUUAAGCGCGAGGCUACGCGCGUCAUGAGCGAGAUCCGCAGCCGCGGCAAUCUGCCCAUCCUCGUGGGCGGCACGCAGUACUACGUCGACCCGCUGCUCUUCACCGACGUCAUUCUCGACCAGGUGCAGCAGCAACAAGCUGACGGUCCGGACAAGCCGUCAUUUCCUAUCCUUGAGGAGCCAACCGAGGUGCUGCUCGAGGAGCUGCGCAAGUGCGACCCCGUCAUGGCGGAGCGGUGGCACCCCAACGACCGCCGCAAGAUCCAGCGCUCGCUUGAGAUUUUCUUGCACACAGGCAAGCCCGCGUCGCAAUUUUAUGACGAGCAGCGCGAGCGCAAGGCUGCGGCCCAGGAGGCUGGCGCGGCUGGCCCGCCCUGGGAGAAGCUACUCUUUUGGGUCGACGCGGACAAGGAGGUCUUGCGGGAGCGUCUGGAUGGGCGCGUGGACAAGAUGCUCGAUGCGGGCCUACUAGCUGAGGUGCGCGAGCUGUACGACUUUAAGCGCGACAUGGCGGCCAAGGGCGCGCAGCUCGACAUGACAAAGGGCAUCUGGCAGUCCAUCGGCUACAAGCAGUUUGAGCCGUAUCUCGCCGCCCUCGACCGUGGCGAAGACGUCCCCGCCGACGAUCUCGCGGCCCUCAAGGCCAGGGCCGUCGAGGACAUGAAAACGGCGACGCGCCGCUAUGCAAACUACCAGACGCGCUGGAUCCGGCUCAAGCAGAUCCGUCAUCUGCGCGAGGAAGGCCCCGCCGCUCUGCGCAGCCUGUACCUCGUGGACAGCACCGACGCCGCGAAAUUCCAUGAGCAUGUCGUCGCCCCCGCUGCGGACGUGACCGCGCGGUUCCUCGCCGGAGAGCCGUGCCCCGACCCGGCGACCCUGUCGGAGCGUGCGCGCGAGGUGCUCACUGUGGCGGUCGAGCCCCCGCCGCCGGAGACACCCGUGCGACGGACCUGCGAGCUGUGUCAGACGGUGCUCGUCACGGAGCAGGCGUGGCAGCGGCACGUCAAGGGUGCGUCGCACCGCCGAGCAAUGAAGAAGAAAACGAAGCUGGCGCUGGUGCCGGUGGAGGAGACCGGUCAGGACAGCUCUCAAGGGGCAACACCGCCGUCGAGCCCUGACAUUGGGUCCUUGUUUUGA